CUCUUCUUCCCUACCAGUCCACCAAACCCUCCUCCAGCCCCAGUCCGUCCACGCUCCGUUGGCCUUGCUACGCUACGCCGCCGCCGCCGCCUGCUCCGUCCCCGGCCCUCCAGCAGCGGCGUGUGCUCUCCUCACCACAGCGGUGAAACCAGUGACCAUGGUGAUCCCUCCACCAGAAAGGGCAGCAAGAGUUACCCGCUUUCUGAAGCCCUACCUGUUGAGGAUGCAUUUCUCAAACAAGUAUGUAUCCGCUCAGGUCAUCCAUAGCCCAACAGCGACUGUUGCAUGUUCUGCAAGCUCGCAGGAAAAGCUCCUGAGACCAGACAUGGGGUCGACCCGUGAUGUUGCAGCUGCUGCGAAGAUUGGAAAGUUGCUCGGUGAGCGCCUUUUGCUCAAGGGAAUACCUGCAGUGUCCAUCCACAUGAAGAGAGAACAGAAGUACCACGGGAAAGUCAAGGCUGUAAUAGAUUCUGUUAGAGAAGCUGGAGUUAAAUUGUUGUGAUUGUUAUGUUAAAAUUAUUGAUCUCCAGUUAGCAUGUGACCUACAUUGAGAUGUGUUUCUGAAGUUUGCACCAGUGCAAAACGGCGUGAACUUUGCUGUUUUGAAAUAUGGUGCUAAAUGGGAUAAUUUCUAAGUCAAUAAAAGGACUUUGUAUUGCUGAAUGCCUUA